AUGAUUCAUUACCUGAGAUAUCUCACAUCCUUGAAUCUUAUUAACUUGGCGAACGACACAGUUGCGAAUACUUUGCUUCCUUCUGGUUUCGAGCGGUUGUUCAAGUGGAGAUCUUUUAACGAUGGCUUCGAGGAAGCGAAGGCUUCCAAGAAACCAAUACUUUUAUUUAUUUAUAAAGACUUGUGUCCCGCGUGUCGGAAAUUGAAGCAAAAAUUUGCUAACUGUAUGCGAUUAAUGGAUCUCAGUGACAGGUUCGUAAUGAUAAAAGUGGAGCUGAAUGGCCAGCAGAUUCUAUACGAGAAAAAAUUCCAACCCGAUGGAAAAUACGUGCCUAGGAUAUUGUUCUACACUGCUGACGGCGAUUUCAUCGAGGAAGCCUACAACAAGCACAAGACCGCCGACAGAGAACACAAAUUCUUCUACGCGAAUCCUUCGCAAAUUGUCGAAACCAUGCUGUAUGUUUUAAAGCAGUAUUCCAACGAACCGUUACCGGUUGUGUUCGACAGUGAACAGUCUUUGAAACUGGAAGUUUGCGAUAUGGACGACGAUGUUAUUAUUCCAACGCUGUUACAUUGA